AUGCCAAAAACACCGUUCACUUUCAGAGGACUGAUGGUUCCUGUAUUAACUCCCUUCAACAAUGAUAGUGCAAAAACUCUGAAUUUAUCAGUUAUCCCACAAUACGUUGAACACUUGGCUAAAAAGAAAAUCACUGGAAUUCUUGUAAAUGGAACGACUGGAGAGGGUACAUCUAUGUCUGUAGCCGAAAGAAAAUUGGCAGCUGAGGCCUGGGCAAAGGCUGUAAAAACGACAAAGCAACACUUGAUGGUACAAGUAGGAGGUGCACCUCUACCUGAUGUUCUUGAACUCGCAAGGCAUGCGGAAAAUAUUAAGGCUGAUUCCUUAUUGUGUCUACCGGAAUUAUACUUUAAACCAACAACAACGUACCAGUUAACGGAAUAUUUGAAAUUAGUUAGCAAAGCGGCCCCAAACACACCACUUCUGUAUUAUCAUAUUCCAAUGUUGACAAAUGUUAAUGUGCACAUGGGACUAUUUUUAGAAUCUCUUGGUGACAAAAUUCCAAACUUUGCGGGAAUAAAGUUCACGAGCUCAAACUUAGAAGAAGGUUCUCAAGCACUAAAUGCUGAUAAUAAAAAAUACGUGGUUUUCCUUGGAAAUGAUCAGCUACUGGGCGCUGGCUGUGCGUUAGGAAUGAAUUCGUUUAUUGCAACAAGUAUAAACAUGCUACCAGAACUAGCAUUUCAGAUUCUUACAGAAGGAACAGUAGGAAACAAUUUGAAAGCAAGGGAGACGCAGGAAAAACUUUCGAAAGCUGUCAUCGCUAUAUCAAAAUAUGGCAGUUGGGUGGAAACUAUGAAAACAGCAAUGUCUUUAUUAACAAAUAUCGACCCUGGACCUACACGCGCGCCAUUGACAAUACUACCUUCAGAAAUCACAGCGGCAAUGGCCAAAGAUUUACAAAAUUUAGGACAUGAAAUAACAAUAUAACAUUUAAAAACAAGAACAUA